UUGACGCCAUUCUUCAUUUUUUUUCUCUCUUCUUUUUUCUUUUUCUUUCUUUCUUCCUUUUUUUUUCUUUCUCCCUUCCUUUUUCUUUCUCCCUUCCUUUUUCUUUCUCCCUUCCUUUUCCUUCCUUUUCUUUCUCCUUCCUUUUUCCCUUUCUUUUCUUUCUCCCUUCCUUUUCUUCUCUUUUCCUUUCUUGUUCCUUUUCUUUCUUGUUCUUCUUUUUCCUUUCUUUUCUUGUUCCUUUCUUGUUCUUUUUUCCUUUCUUGUUCUUCUCUUUUCCUUUCUUGUUCUUCUCUUUUCCUUUCUUGUUCUUCUCUUUUCCUUUCUUGUUCUUCUCUUUUCCUUUCUUGUUCUUCUCUUUUCCUUUCUUGUUCUUCUCUUUUCCUUUCUUGUUCUUCUCUUUUCCUUUCUUGUUCUUCUCUUUCCUUUUUGUUCUUCUCUUUCUUUCUUGUUCUUCUCUUUUCCUUUCUUGUUCUUCUCUUUUCCUUUCUUGUUCUUCUCUUUUCCUUUCUUGUUCUUCUCUUUUCCUUUCUUGUUCUUCUCUUUUCCUUUCUUGUUCUUCUCUUUUCCUUUCUUGUUCUUCUCUUUUCCUUUUGUUCUUCUUUUCUUGUUCUUCUCUUUUCUUUUCUUGUUCUUCUCUUUUCCUUUCUUGUUCUUCUCUUUUCCUUUCUUGUUCCUUUUUCCUUUCUUGUUCUUCUCUUUUCCUUUCUUGUUCUUCUCUUUUUUUCUUGUUUGUCUCUUUUUUUCCUCUUUUCCUUUCUUUAUCUUUUUUUUCCUCUUGUCUCUCUUUUUCCUCUUUUUCUUUUUUUUUUUUUUUUUUCUUUUUUUUUUUUUCUCUGUCCAAAUUCAUUAGUUUUUUUCACUCAUGCUAACUCUUAA